AUGGCCGAUUCUGUGAAAAGAAGGAAUAGCUCAAGGUGCUGCGGCUUUAUUCAUGUCCGAACACUUGCUUUACUCAUUGCUGUGCUGGAAAUUGCCUUUCUCAUAUAUCAGGGCAUUGUUGCAUUAUCGCAUGUUGUGACAUCCUCAUCAUCCCACCAUACUCUUUUGGCAACCGUGUACACACUAGCGGUGUUGGUAGCAUGGGUCGCAGUGGGUCUCCUUCUUCUUGGAAUCCUGUGCCAAAUUCCAGCUCUACUCGUACCUCAUAUGUUGAUGCAGGUGCUGUUUGUGCUCACUCUGCUGGGAAUGGCAUCGUUUGCAGUUUAUGCUAUUUUCGCCGGUACCUCUCUGCAAGUCAGGGUAGCAGUAGUUGGUACAGAACAAGAAGCUAACGCGCAAUUUGCCUACUAUGCGUUGUAUCAUUCACUGCUAUCAUCCUUAUUUCUGUUUUAUGAGCACAAAAUGACCGCUGAAACUUUGGAGAUUAUGUGA